AUGGAGCCAGAGAGCAUAGGCGUCGUGGGGAACUUCAUCCAGGAUGAUAAUGAUAGUGCGAUAUCCGGGCCUCGCAAACGUUCUGGCAGUAAGACAUCUAGUGCAAAGAAUACACGGAACUCUAGUAACAUCUCCCCAGCAUCAAUGAUCUUCAGAAACUUGCUGAUAAUGGAGGACGAUCUAAGACGGCAAGCUCAUGAACAAAAGGUAUUGAAAUGGCAGUUCACUUUGUUUCUAGCAUCUAUGGCCGGCGUGGGUGCGUUCACCUUUUACGAAUUGUACUUCACUACAGAUUAUAUCAAGGGAUUCCACAGAGUUAUUUUGCAAUUCACUCUAGCUUUCAUUUCCAUUACCGUAGUUCUUUUUCACAUCAGUGGGCAAUAUAGAAGAACCAUUGUAAUUCCAAGAAGGUUUUUCACGUCUACUAAUAAGGGGAUUAGGCAAUUCAAUGUAAAGCUGGUUAAAGUACAGUCUACAUGGGACGAGAAAUAUACAGAUUCCGUGAGGUUUGUGAGUCGAACCAUUGCGUAUGGCAACAUUUACUGUUUAAAAAGAUUUGUGUGGCUUAAAGACGAUAACACCAUCGUGAAAUUUUGGAAAAGUGUCACAAUACAAUCCCAACCGAGAAUUGGAGCUGUGGACGUAAAACUUGUACUUAAUCCCAGAGCAUUCAGUGCAGAGAUUCGAGAAGGCUGGGAAAUUUAUAGAGACGAGUUCUGGGCCAGAGAAGGAGCAAGAAGACGCAAACAAGCGGAUGAACUCCGACCCAAAUCAGAGUAA